AUGACAAAAAACCUUGCGAUAAACCACGACACGGACCAAGAUUUACAUUCCAUGAUUGGCAGUGACCUUGACAUUACUGAAUUUGUUUUCCCUUCUGCUUCCACUUCUUUCUCAGUUCCGGAUACAAUCCUAGAAAAAGAUAUAAAAGAUACUGUGGACACGUCAUCGCCAGUUGAAAUGAUUCAUGAAAAUCUUAUAGACAACCAGGAUAAGUCAAAAAACGAUGACAAAAAACCUUGCGAUAGAGACCAAGACACGGACCAAGAUUUACAUUCCAUGAUUGGCAGUGACCUUGAAAUUGCUGACCCAGCAUCCUGGAAGAAUUUAAAUGAUUCUCAACAUCAGAUUAUCAUAGAGAAGGGGCCAAUACAGGUUAAAGGUAUUGAUUUUCCCAAAGAUGACUCUGGAAGACAUUUUUCAGACUUACAUUACUACCGUAUAAUAUCUAAUGGGGAAAAUGUAGACAGAAGUUGGUUAAUUUACUCAAAACGAGACGAUGCAGUGUUUUGUUUUCGCUGUUUACUAUUCAAAAAUUCUGAUUUAAACGCGAAAAACUGGUCCAGAGGCUAUAAGGAUUGGAAAAAUAUUCAUAGAAACAUAUGGAGUGCUUUACAAAAUGAAAAGAAAUGGAAAACAGGCUAA